AGGAAUUGUUUGUGCGGCAGUGGGAGCGGCGAAAGGAGUGGGGGUGUGGCGGCGGGCGUGUAGGUCGGGUAUAUAAGGGUGGCGACGAGGGAUCCUCUUCACUUCGGCUCACACACUCACCUGAGAGAUGCAGCUCUUCGUGCUCCUGACCCUGGUGGGCGCCGCGUGCGCUGCCGCCCUUCCUGCGGAGGCUCCCGCCCCUGUGGAAGAAGCUCCCGCCCCAGCGGAGGCUCCUGUCCCAGUGGAGGACACCGAGGAAGUGGCGCAAGCCAAGGCAGAUUUCGAUGAGGCGUUUAAGGCCGCCGCUGCCGCAGCCGAGGCCGGCGAAGUUCCCGAAGUGAUCAUUCCUGAGGGCGCUCCGAGCCCAGUUGAGGACACUCCUGAAGUCGCCGCUGCCAAGGCAGAGUUCCAAGCCGCCUACGACGCCGCCGCCAGUGCCGCGGAGGCCGCCCCUGAUUUUGACCUGGACGGUACACACUCCACCUACACCGGCUUCCUCUCCACCGUGGACGGCAGGCUGUCUCCCUUCUACACCAACACUUUCCCCCUGGGCGCCUACGGCCUGCACGCCCCCAUCGUGGCCCCAUCCGCUCCUGUUGCACCCAUCGUCUACAACAACUUGGGUCUGGGUGCAGUCUACGGAUACCCAGGAGUCUUCGGCUUCCCUUAUGGUUACCCCGGUCACCUGGCCCUGGCCCCUGCAGCGGAGGCGGAGGAGCCAGCAGAGGAGGUUGCUGUUGAGGAGGCGUAGAUCAGCUCGUCCCGGCAAAGUGUUGGACCUCAGGCGGCGACCUCGCGCCACGCUGCUCUUUCGACAAGCUUCUCUUCUCCCUUUUUAAUCUUUUGGCUGGUGACGUCAUACACAUUGGUUUUUGUGCUUUCAAAAUUGUCUCAUGUCUUUUGAAUAUUGGUGAAAAAAUGAAAUACACACAAUCGACAUCAAA